ACACUUGAAAAAUCAAUUCGCACUUCAAAGUCUUAGAGAGAGAAGGAUCAGGGAGAUUCUUCUUCUUCUUGUUCUUCGUUCUUCUCCUGAGUUCUAAAUUGUAAUCUAAGCUAAGGAUUAUGAAUUAGAGUUAUGGCUUCGCUAAAGAAAAGUUGAUUCAGUAUCUGUCAUUUGACUUUUCUACCCUCUGGAUUUUAAUGGCGGAUCACUCAGACUCUUCUCCUCUCGUCCCUCCCCUUCCUCUCACUGACCCUUCCGAGAUCGACCUCGAAGCCGGUCCCUCCGAACAAAUCCAAUGCCGAAUUUGUCUCGAAACCGAUGGUAGAGAUUUCAUAGCCCCUUGUAAGUGCAAAGGUACAUCAAAAUAUGUACACCGAGAAUGUUUAGAUCAUUGGCGAGCAGUUAAGGAAGGGUUUGCCUUUGCUCACUGUACAACAUGCAAGGCUCCUUACCAUUUGCGUGUUCAUGUUGCUGCUGAUAGGAAAUGGCGGACCCUGAAAUUUCGUUUUUUUGUCACCAGAGACAUUCUGUUUAUUUUUCUGUCUGUCCAGCUUGUCAUUGCAUCACUGGCAUAUCUGGUUUAUCUAAUAGAUGGUUACCAGCAAUAUUGGCUUCGUCUUCUCUGGGGUUUUGAUAGUGAAAUGAGCUUUUACUACAUAUGUGGAGCUCUAUUAUUUUUCGCACUGCUUGGCCUAUCUGGGUGCUUCAUUACUUGUUAUGAUCGAAGAGUUCGCAAUGAUUUAGCUCAACCUUGUAGAGAGUUAUGUCUUUGUUGCUGUCAACCUGGAGUUUGUGCAGACUGUCAUUUGCCGGGCACUCUUUGUAUGUGGACUGAUUGUACCACUUGCUUUGAGAGUUGUGGAACCAUGGCAACUGAAUGUGGUGGCUGUUUGGGGGGUGCUGGGGAAGCAGGGCUACCAUUAUUAUUCAUAAUGGCUUUGGUUGUUCUGGGACUUUUUACUGUAAUUGGGAUAUUCUACAGUGUAUUGGUGGCUACAAUGGUAGGUCAGCGGAUAUGGCAACGUCAUUAUCACAUACUUGCAAAAAGGAUGCUAACAAAGGAGUAUGUGGUUGAAGACGUCGAUGGAGAGCUGACAGGGUCUGAUUGGUCUCCCCCGGCUCUCCCUCCUGAGCAUGUUCAGCAGUUGAAAACAUUGGGUCUACUGUGAGUUUGUAAGAAUAACCAGUCACCUACUUGAUGACAAUAAUGAAAGUAGAGAUACAUUGGCCUUCUCCAUGUCUUGGUAAGCUGGUCAUUUUCGUGAAGACCUGCUAUUAAUUGAUAAUUGUGUAAUAGCCACUCAAUUCAGUUUGGCUAGAGUUGUACACUUAUGCUGAACUAUUGAUAUGUGGAAAAUUGUGAAUGUCUGACGCGACACGCCUACAGUCUACUUAUGUAAAGAAAAUGAAAGAGGAUUCUUUGAUUGCCCGAUAACCGGUUACAGGUACAUCGCCAUUUCUUUUCCCUGAUGCGUUGCUGCUUGGUUAGUCAUGUUUUAUUAGUUGCUUGUUGCAUUUGUUGUAAAUAACUCUAACGGUAAAAUUUCAUGCGUACAACUGCCCCGUGAUACAAGCAUACUGUCUGGAGUAAGGAAAGAUGUUUGGUUUCA